UUGAUGAUGGAUGUAAAGAAAUACGGAAUAACGCGAUAUUGGAAUCGGCAAAUAUGAUCGCAUCACAAAAACCUGGAUUAACGGCCUCUUCGGUUGCAGGAAAGUUCAAGAAAUCAUGCUAUACUACGGCUGUGAUGCGGAUGAUUUGGUUGGAGAGUAUUUUCCCUCUUGCAUCACAUAUUCCAGUAUCCCGUGAUGUUCGAGA